UUACAAUUAAAAAUAUAAAUUUUGUCGAAUAAAUUUAUAAAAAAACCUAUUAUUGCUAUUUAAAUAAAACAAAUAAAUAAGUUUUAUGUACUUUUACAAUAAAAGAUAAAGUAAAACAAUGUAUUUGUGAGAAAAUAAUACUGGAAAAGAGAGACGUUUGGCUAACAACCUUAAACCAAUAUUGACAUAAGGUCACUACCAUUACUUUAAGUUAAAGUGAAAGAAAAAUAUUAAAAUUACUAAAAGAUUUUCAUUAACUAAAUCUUUGGGAGUACAAUAAUGUGUUAUGGCUACAGAACACGAUAUGAAAAACCUAAUAAGAAGGCCAUCGACAACAUUUGUUAGUGAGGGAAAAUCGAAUAAUAAAGACGGUGAUUUAGGUGGACAGGAGCCAACGCUUAACAAUAGAACAGGUGUACAAGUCAAUACCAAAGGUACACGUAAUAGCUGGGAGACCUGUUACUAUUGUACACGUGAAAAUUUCAAAGCUGUUAGUGAAUUUGUAAAACAUUUACGCGAAAGACACUGCACUCGUGAAGGUGGCUCAUUUGUUUGUCGCUAUGGUUUUAAUGGAGUUUGUCCCUCCCUGCCUUUGGAUGGUGUGUCAGAUCGCGACUACGAUGCUCACGUAGCCAAGUAUCAUGUGAACCAACAAACACGCGAAAUGCCACCCGAAUGGUCGGUAUUUUCUGCCGCCCAGAAUCUACCGGCAGUCCUAAACGAUCCCUCCCGUGGUAAGCAAAGCAAUUUAUUUACCAAGAAAUGGGGUGUUGACUUUGUGGAACGUUCACACAUACCCGUAUCGCCUCGUUUGCCUGAAAUCACCUGCGAUGACUUUGAAAAGUAUAUUAGCAAAAUUGGUAAACGUUAUAAACGCCACGAACGUCUAAAUGCCCAGCAGGCGGAAUCUCUACUGGAAGAGUCCUCAACUAUCCUAGUGCCGAAAGGCACUGUUCCUACUUCCCCUACGCAUGAGGCCAGCUUAAGCUCCAUACCCGAUAUCUUUCUCAAGGAUUCUUUAAAUUUACAACAUGCUCCCACUUUUGCUCAGGUGUUUCCUGGUUUAAUGCAAAAUCCCGGCGGAGAGGAAAGACGUCAAUCGGGUCGUUUAUUGCAGGAACAGUUGUCUCAUUAUUUGGAUAUAGUAGAAGUGAAAAUAGCUCAACAGGUCUCGCAAAAAUCAGCCGCCUUCUUUCAUGCCAUGACUUCUCAAGAUGCCAUCAUGUGUGAAAUGCAGGAGGCGGCCAAGAGGGUACAAGCUUUAAGGACGGCCUUGCGCACUUUAAAUGAAACUGUGGUAGUCGAUACAUUCCGUGUUUUGCGUUUUGCCCAGCGCAGACAAAAUUUCGAAAAAGUUUUAGAUAAACUUUGUCUAAUGGCCACAGUACAUAAAACACAACCUAUGCUGCAACUUUUAUUGGGCACACAAGAUUAUGUGGCUGCUCUGGACUUAAUUGGUACUACACAAGAGAUUCUGGCCCAAGAACUGAUAGGGGUACACUGUUUUAAACAUUUGCCCAUGCAACUUACGGAAAUGGAAAAACUUAUCGAUAAAAUGUUGACAACCGAGUUUGAACGCUACACCACCACCGAGUUAAAUAGACCUUUGCAAGAUGUUUUAAAAGAAACCGACAGUGUUUGUGCCGAGGAGGAUAAGUUGGUGUGUAUAGUGAUGGGUUUGUUGAGGAAAAAGAAUUUCAGUUUUGUGGAGGCCUAUAAAGAUGAGGCUAUAGUAACCAUACGCACCAUUAUCAAGCAAUUGGUUAUAGAGUUCAUAGCCACCAGUGAUGCAGAGAUAUGUUUGACUGGGGCAGGUGAAGAGGCACAAAAUUUGUCUUUUAGUGAAUGGAUAUCAUUGCUGGCCAAGGCUACGGUGGCUUUGUUAAUGGUGUUGCAACGUAUACAAGCGGUGACCCAUAUAAUGCGCCAAACUACUGAUGCGGCUGCCGGACGUUCCUUCAACAAUGGUGCGGACAACCAGGAGGCGGCUGUAAAUCUUAUAGAUUCCGAGGCCUUUCUAACAUCAGCCGAUCAGUCUUUGGUGCAUGAAAAACUAAAUGAACUACUGGUAGCGGUGUGUCACUACUGUCACGAACGCUGUGCCAAUUUGGUGUCUCAGCAGAGUUUGGAAAAGUUUGUUGCCACAGCCGAAGAAAUAGCCCAAUUAACCACCUUAGUGGAUGACUUUACCGAAGGCUGUCAGGCCAUCUGCGGUGUUACAAAUGUGCCUUUAAAAGUUGCCCUUAAAGUACAAGCCUCACGUUUUGCCAAUCGUUUUCACAGCGAACGUAAGCAGAAGUUGGCUUUACUCUUGGACACCGAACGUUGGCGUCAGGUGGACAUACCUAAUGAAUUUCAAAAGAUAAUAGAUCGCAUAGCUGAGAAUAAGGAAUUCUUGGUGGAGGACUUAAGCAAUAAGAAUACGGGACUUACACUCAAUGGUCAUGUGACCACAUUGCAUCUUAACAACUCUUCUACACAGGCUAGUCCUGUUUUAUUGGUGGAAAAUAAGCCUUAUACUUUAGUGGGUUCUGCCCUACUGUUGGUGCAAAUGUUGUGUGAGUACUGCCGCUGUGCCCAGCGGCUGCCUAUAGUGGCCGGUUAUUUGUCACGUAAUGUGGUGGAUUUGCUGCGCAAUUUCAAUUCACGUUCUUGUCAGCUGGUCAUUGGUGCUGGAGCUUUACGUGUGGCUGGCUUAAAAACCAUAACCAGCACAAAUUUGGCUUUGGUUUCCCGGGCCCUGCAAUUGAUUCUAUGGCUUUUGCCCAAAAUCAAACAACAUUUUCAACAACUUGAUGCCUCAAGUGUUACUGGCUAUGAUGGCAUAGAGCGUGAGUUUCAGAGUCAUGUGAAGGAAAUUGAAAAUAAAAUCUAUACUAUUGUUAUGGAACGUAUUGCCAUGCAAUUGGAAGCUUGGGAUGCACGACCCCCCAUACCAUCACAAUCAUUUCGCAUUAUUUCUCGUCACCUGGUAAAGUUGCAUGAAGCGAUUGCUCCCAUACUGCCGGAACAACAGAUACACUCAAUGUAUGGCAUAGUGCAUCGUAAUUUCAAAGACAAACUAAGGGAACAAUUGCUCAAGUUGAACAUCAUUAAUAAUGGUGGUCCCCAGCAUGGUGUAGUGACCUCCGAACUAACCUUCUAUAUGGAAACAUUACGUACAUUGAAGGCUUUGCCAGCGGAAGAGCUGGACGACAGCAUACAAGAAAGUAUUUGGAUUUUCUAAAAGUCUGUUAUAAAAACUUUUUGUUUUUAAUUUUAUUUUAUGCCCUUUCCUGUUAUACUUUAAGUAGAUUUCUUUUCUUAGUUUGUUUUUAAUUUGUUUAUAAACUUUUUGUUGAAAAUUUCCUAAAAAAAAAAAAUACCCAGUUAGUUCUUUAUUUCCUUGUUAUAUUAAUUUUUGUUUAAUUUUAAAUAUUUUAGAAAAAGUCUAAAUUUUGUCGAUAAUUUUUGCAGCUCAUUUGUUGUGUAAAUUAAAUUUGCUUUUAUUACUUUUAAUAGUUGUAAUGAUUAACUACGGAAACUAUUAUAACAUGAAAAAAAAACAACACUACGAUACGAUAAUUUUUAAAUUAAUAGUUUAGAUUUAAAAAUAAUAAUAAAAACCGAUAAUAA